AUACGACCCAUGGCGGCAGCUGUUCAAAGACCAGCGGAGUGCAACGGCGGCUGCGGCGGACCUCGCCCCUGCAAAGGAAGAUAAACCCUAGACCGAAUAGGCGGACGAAUGGAAGUGAAUGGGCCCAAUUGAAGGCCCAAAAUGUAUCUAAAUCGGAAGUUGGGAAACGGGCGAUCGAAGAAUUCGACGAGAGGAUCUGGUUCGGGAGCUUCAGCAAUGGCGAUUGAUUGAGAAAAAAUGACUUGAGUUAGUGUAUAGAAAUUGGAUUUGGUGCAAUUAGACAACAGAAAGCUAUUUGAGGAAGCAUUAUUAUGAUGGCAAAGAGAAUAUGCGUUGGAUGGAAUCGGUUGUUUUUGUGUCUUCCAGUAGUAAUCUUAGUUACUCACUUGAUCUCAGUCCAGGAGUUCCAGCAAGAGAAGAGUUUGGGGGGUGAGCAUAAAGAAAAGCCUAAGAAAUUCGAUCAUCUUGUUCUUGGACCAGCUGCCGGGGAAGGACUCCCUGAUCGUUUGCAGUGCCAAGGAACAAAAGCCCUUAACAAGACACAUUUUGGGACCUUUCUUAACAAUUCUCACUCUGUGGAGAAUGUUGCUUUCGUCACUGUUUUUGCUACCUACAACUCUACUGCUGGGAAUAGACCAGAUGAUUUGGUUUCUGUUGGGAACAAGUCUUACAACAAAGUUGAGAGAUCAAUGGCCAUUUUGAAUGUUUUCAUGAAUUUCAUUCAGGAGGUCAUGCCUCAAAGCAGUGUCAUAGUUCUUACAGAUCCAGCAUCUGACCUUCCACUUCGGAGAGAGAUGGUCACCAUACAACCAAUACAAGGUGAAUAUUCCCGAGAAAAGUUGAUGCUUCAAAGAAUCAGGUCUUACAUUUCAUUCCUAGACGCAAGGCUUCAGAAGCUUAUUAAGAAGCAAGAACAAGUCACUCAUUUCAUUUUUACAGACUUGGACAUAGCAGUUGUAGAUGAUCUCAGACAAAUAUUCACAAAGCAUCCCAAUUUUCACCUCGCGCUCACUUUCAGGAACAAUAAAGAGCAACCUCUAAAUUCUGGAUUUAUUGCUGUACGGGGCACAGUUGAGGGAAUUCAAAGGGGGAAAGCUUUCUUAGAACAUGUUCUGAAAAUUUACACGACAAAGUUCAUGAAAGCGUCACGAAUGCUUGGUGAUCAAUUAGCUCUUGCAAGUGUCGUAAGAUCUAACCCCAACUUCAAUGCCCGAAGGUUUUCAAGACGAGAGGCCUUUCUAGACAUGAUCCACGGUGCGUCUGUGCUUUUCUUGCCAUGCUCGCUCUACAAUUGGACACCACCUGAGGGUGCAGGUCAAUUUCAUGGGAUGCCGUUGGACGUAAAGGUGGUUCAUUUCAAAGGAUCGAGGAAGCGACUCAUGCUCGAAUCUUGGAACUUUUUCACGUCUUCAUCCAACCUCGCGGACAUGCUCUGCUUAAUUUUGAGGAGCGGGAGAACAAAAUACGAUUUCUAAAUCCCGCGCCUGCGCUUGUUGUAAGUCUGCAGUUGCGAUAUUAAUUCAUUCAAGUUUUCGAUUUUCUGUAUAGAGUAAAAUACGGCGUCGAAAUGGAACACAUGUUGUAGGAAUUCUAGACUACUACUGCCAAUGCAAGAAAAUCUCUUUCAUUAGCUGUUAUUGUCAUGGACACUUUGUUGAUGUCAAAAGAGAUGGUUUGGUUUACCUGAGGGUUGUGUGAUAGUUUACAAAUGCCCACUUCAUAAGU